AUGGAGGAUAAGGUGGCUCUCCAACAACGACAGCAUGAAGCUGACAGUUUGAAAACAUUUGCUUUUAUUGGUGUUGCACUUGCAACUGUUGCAACAUUGAUAUGUGUCAUCUCUGUACCAAUGUUGUACAGCUAUUUGCAACAUGUUCAGUCGGUUAUGCAAAAUGAGGUCGACUUCUGUAAAUCACGCUCGGGUAAUAUCUGGAGAGAAGUUACCAGAACACAAGUCCUAGCUAAACUGCCUGGUGCUGGAAGAGAUAAGCGAUCAAGACAUUCAGCAGGUCCCAACUACCACUUCCGAGAGGGACGUCAAAUUGGUGCAUGCUGUGGUUGUGGAGUUUCAGGUCCCGGUGUACAAGGACCACCUGGACCAGAUGGAGACCCUGGUCAGGACGGUGCUCCAGGACCACAAGGUCAAAAUGGCCCUGAUGGAGCUCCAGCACCGGCGCGUAGCGCGCCAUUUGAGUGGUGCUUUGACUGUCCACCUGGACCAGCAGGACCUCCAGGCCCUCCAGGACCUGCAGGACCAAAAGGUCUUAGCGGCAUUAAUGGUGAUGUUGGACAAGCAGGAGUUCCUGGACUACCAGGACCGCUGGGACCACCAGGAGCACUAGGACCACCAGGACCACCAGGACCACAAGGUCCCGAUGGUUUACCAGGUCCAAUGGGUGUGGCGGGACUUCCAGGCAAAGACGGCGUACGCGGUGCUCAAGGACCACAAGGCCCACCUGGAGUUGAUGGCAAACCCGGCAAUCCUGGAAUUGAUGGCGACAACGGUCCAGAAGGUCCUGCUGGACCAACUGGAAAAAUGGCGUACGAAAAUAGAGACAUAGCUGAGGAACUGAAGGACGUUCGUCGCAUUGCCUUUUUAGGCGUAACCAUUGCCUCAAUCGCUACCUUAGUCUGUGUUGUUUCUGUCCCGAUUGUCUACAGCUAUGCUCAGCAAAUCCAGACUGUAAUGCAAAAUGAAGUUGAUUUUUGCAAGUCACGAUCAAGCAGCAUCUGGAAGGAAGUUACACGCACACAAGUUUUAGCCAAAGUAAGCAGUCUUCGUAACAAACGUGAAACAGAAGACGAAAUAGCAAAAUCAUGUUGCGGGUGUGGAAUUUCACCACCGGGACCACCAGGCCCACCUGGAGACGACGGCAAAGAUGGUGAAGAAGGCCCAGAAGGAUUUCCCGGUAGAGACGGCUUGAAUGGUGAAGGCCCCAUGUCACAAAGUCCAGGAGAUUACGACUGGUGCUUUGAAUGCCCCGAUGCACCAGCUGGUCCACCUGGACAUCAAGGUCAAAAGGGAUCUCCAGGUCAUCCAGGAGCUAGCGGAAGCCCAGGAGCACCAGGAGAAGAUGGUGUUCUUGGUCCAGAAGGUCCACAGGGUCCUCCAGGACAAGCUGGACCUCCAGGAUACCAAGGACCGCCCGGAGAACCAGGCAAACUUGUUGUAGUCGAAGGUCCAGAAGGACCAGAAGGUCUCGCAGGACCGGAAGGUGCUCCAGGUCCACAAGGACCAGACGGUGAGCCAGGAAAGGAUGGCCAAGCAGGGCCGCAAGGACCUCGAGGAGAUGCUGGAGAAAUUGGAGAACCAGGAAGGCCUGGUGCAGAAGGAAGUCCGGGAGAGGAGGGACUGGAGGGCAUACCGGGAGCUUGCGACCAUUGCUCUCCUCCAAGAACUUCACCAGGAUAUUAA